AUGAACAACCAUCUACUUCCCUUCCCAUACAAUUUAUCACGACCGCCAACAUGGCCGGAGCGGGUAGUACAGCCCCUCUGGGAUAUCUUAUUGGGAGGACCCACGCAGUCUGCACCACAGAAACCAUCGAUAACACCAAUUCCUCUUCAAAGUAACUCAAGUCACCCUCCAAUCCGCAUAAUAUGCAUAUCAGACACGCACAAUGCAACCCCUCCUCUGCCACCCGGAGAUAUACUAGUUCACGCAGGUGACUUAACGGCCCAUGGUACAUUUGACGAGGUGCAAGCACAGCUCCACUGGCUGUCUUCUCAGCCACACACCCAUAAGAUUGUCAUCGCGGGAAACCAUGACCUUAUCCUCGAUGAAGCAAGCGAGAUGAGGUUUCUUACACGCGAUGGAAUUAGUGCUGCGAAGCGAAAGGAAUUGGAUUGGAUGGGGAUUCAUUAUUUGCAAGAAGAAGCAGUGACGCUGGAACUACCAGUGCCCGCUGCCGGGGAGCAGCAAGUGCGCCGGGUGAAAAUAUAUGGGUCUCCAAUGACGCCGGAGUUUGGCCUUUGGGCCUUUCAGUAUCCUUCGAUCCGCGACGUGUGGACCGGGCAGAUCCCCGAUGAUACUGAUAUUCUGGUGGUGCAUGGCCCUCCAGCUCUAUAUGGUGACUGCGAUAGCGAGAAGGGACCGGAUGGAAAGGUCAAGGUUAAAGGGGAUGGGUAUCUAUUGCGUGAGAUACAAAGAGUAAGGCCCAAGAUGGUUGUCUGUGGACAUAUCCAUGGGGCAUUCGGUGUUGCUGUCAUCCAGCAUGAUGGAAUCGAGGACGUUCUAAAUGGACUACAGAUGCGAUGGGAAGGUUAUGAUAUAGUUCGGGCUCUCAAACAGACCCUAUGGAGCAAGAUCACUAUGGGGAGAAACACUGAGCCCCCACAAGAAACACUCAUCGUCAAUGCCGCCGUUGCACCAAGUGCGUCGAGAAGCGAGGACAAAAGCGCAAUUGCUAUCGAUUUUCACUGA